CAAUUACUUGCUUGUACAGAGUACCUUACUUUGAAAGCUGCACAGCAGUGAGUGACUUUGGAUUCUUGGAACUAGGCCAUCGGCAGACCCACGGUUACUGUGCACUCCGCCGGACUGGUCAGUGUGUGGAUACUACGGAGCGCUAUAGCGAUAUCCCUGCCUCUGAGGCUCUGAGCGCGUUUCAAACAUCUCAACCCCGCCAUGUCCAAGCAACCGGGGAGGAGGAUGGAGUAUCGAAAUAUCUGGAAACUACACGAGUUCAGGGAUCGGUCGAGUGAUGUCUACAUACUCCGUAGAAUACGAGGUUGUCACAAUCGGUGGCCCUUUGAUUCGAUUUCCAUUAUUCUACUUUUCUUCCGUCUUUUUAUCCUGAUUUAUUCUUAUCUAUUUUUAUCCCUUUAUCCUCUUGUGCAUUUAUACUUAUACUUUUAUCCUCGAUACUCAGCGAGUUACACCCGAGGACCAAGUCACGUCCCUUUCUCGUUUCAUCCGAGUUGUAUCUCAGAAUCGCGCGCCUACUACUCUUAUCAGCCUGUUGAGAUCGGUCCUGGUCCGUGCCAGUCCAAACGCGGCUAUUUGAUCGAUAGUCCCGCGCUUCUCAAAGGGCCUGAAUAUUGAUCAGCUCAAUUAUGGAUCUCGCGAUCUAA